GGGGGAGGGGUUUGCAGCACAAAACAGAAGCCCAGACCAGCCCUGCCUAGGAGCUUUUUCGCAGGACAGCAGGGGGCCAAAAGGGCAUAGAUUGGAGAAAGUAGGCAAGUGGGGAGAAUUGAAGCACCCCUGUGGCUGUAAAUAUGAGCAGGCUGCCAAGCGCCCGAAUUUUAAUCACAUGACCUCAGGGGCAUUUCCACAGCCAUAUCUUUGGGCACUGGUCAUAAGUCACUUUUUUCAGUGUGUUUGUAACUUUGAACGGUCACUGAACAAAUGGUUGUAAAUAAAGGACUACCUGUACUGGCAGAAGGAUGCCUUUAAUUGUUGCAUAUCGUAAACAGAGGAAAAAUAGCAUUUACAUAUCACCUAGUACUUAAGUUCUACUCAGUCAUGUGUAACUUCCUAUUCGGCAACUUAAAAUUAUUUUGGAAGGUAGCUUUAACUGAAGUUAUUACAGAAAAGCAAUAGCAUUCUUUUAAAGUUUUCUAGUUUCUCAGUAUAGAAUUCCAUAAAGUAAACAAACAAAAGAAAAUAUUGAUGCUGUUUCUAAUUUCUGGCAUUUUACUGCACAGUUGACCUCUAUAGUUUGGGUGUAUAAUUGUUUUUCUUUCCCACAUCUCUGCCACAAAUUCUGUUAAGCCUCAGUCUUGUACUCAUCUGUCAACCGUAAGACCUGCUAAAAUUAAAUGGAUGUCUUAUAAGGAAUUAAGUAUGGAUUACACUUCAUAGAUGUGUAAAUUGUACUGAAUAAUUCUUAAUCUUUCUGAGUUUGUAAUUAACAAGAUUACAAGGAAACAAAACCAUUCUCCAAAAAUUGAAUAAGAAGUAAAAGGGUUAGGUUUGGUGAAAUAAAAAAAAAUUAGUUCUCAUACAGCUUCAUACAAAAUGAACAACAGUGCUAAUAUAGAAAAUCUAUUUGCUUCAGCUCAGGUCUUACUGCAAGAAGAAUCAGAGAACUGUACUCAGGUAUUACUUUGAAAAACUUAGCACUGUAUGUUUUUUUAAUUUCCUUAGCAAGUCAAAUUCUUUGUUAAUUACAAAUCCUGGUUUCAAACUGUGGCUUGUUAAAGGAGAAAGAAACUUUCUGUGAUAAACUUUUGGUUAGUAUAACUCCCUGUAGGAGGAGCCCAUUCAAAGUUUAUGUACAACAGUGUAUAUCAGCAUAGUUGCUUGCUAAUCAUAAGGUAGAAUUCAUAGCAGUUGUUGCCAAAUGCUCAUAUGUACCUUUGCAGAAAAAAAUGUCUUAACAUUUAAAAGCCAUGGUGAUGUCAAAAUUAUGUUCGAUGAUGCAAAUGACUUGAAUAAAAUACCUGCAUCAUUUUGUAUCAUGAUGCAAAAGAACACUAAUAUGUCAUUUGAAUCAUUUGUGCCAUGUGACGAUGCAUGCAACAUCUCUUGCCCUUACAUCUGUGGAUGUCCAUGGAUACAUCGAAUGUGUAUUUUAAAUAAUUUAAACUUAUUUCUUUAUGUGUUAUUCCCAGUAAUACUGGCUAUUUUACAAGAACUCACACGUUGAAAAUCUUUCUUCCCAGAUCAUUCCACGUCAAGUGGUACUUCCUCGUUUAAACCCAGCCGCUCCUUGGCCUCAAUUCCCACUGCCCAUGUAAUGCCGUCUAAUACCAACACUUCGCUUUCAAAACACAGGGAUCCUCUCAAGUCUGACUCUUUGAAGUGGAGCACAAGCAUUUUGAGAUCUGCUCAAAGCAGGCAUCAGGGCAUGAUGGACAGCUCUCUUGAUAUGAAAGAUUUGAGGCCUGUAAGGAAGUGGUCAUCAUUGUCCAAACUCAGCACGCCUAUUAGUUGUAACCAGGAUGGGGGUGUUUAUUCGGCAGAAUGCAGGGCCAACUUGGAUACAAAUGGAAGAGACAAGACUGUUUCACCACAACUAAGAACAAGUGGAUCAAGUUGCUUGUACAAUAGUAUGGAACGAUUAAAGGCUGAGGACAGAGAAAGUGGGAAGAAAAAGAAUUCUACCUUGAACUGCAAAUACAAAUUUGAAAGUUGCAGCCAAGAAGACUGGGGGGUUCCUGAUUCCUCAAACAGGAGAUAUGCCUUAGACAUGACCUAUAGUGCCUUACCUGAAAGCAAGCCUGCUCCAUUAAACUCUGAGGUUUUUCAUCAAGAAUAUAUAACUUUGGAACCACAGGCUGCAGUCCCAUCCCAGGUUUCCAUUCAAACUUCUGAAAGGACUCAGAGGUGGCUUACAGAACAAUUUCAUACAAAUCCUCCAGAAUCCAGGCCUUCCGAGGAGUCAUACAGCUUAUCUCCAUGGCAGUUACAGCAACUUGAAGAACUUAGAACAGGAAGUGAACAUCCUUUGCAGGUUCUGAGUGGAUCAUAUCAUCAGAGUUAUCCAGCUACAAACUUUCAGGACUACAAUAAUUGGGAAUCCCUGAUGAAAAUUAAAGAAGGGUUGUUAAGACAAAAAGAAAUUGUGAUUGAUAGGCAAAACCAGCAAAUUAACCUUCUAUAUCAGAAAAUAAGAGAGAAUGAACUGCGAGCUCAACAAGCAAGAUUGGGGCACAUUGUGAAUUGUGAAGAAUCGUACAUGAAUAGUUUCCAGCAGCCUGAGUAUGAGAAAACAUCAAUGCAGGCUCAGUUUGCAGAGAGAUCUUUGGCCCAGUGUGAAAGGGAGCAGGUAGAACGAAAGCUUGCAUCAGUACAAAAUAAGGAGCUACAACUCAGUGAGGUUUUGAAAGAAAUAGUAAACAAAUCCAAUGAAGAUAAAAAGAAAAUGGAAGAGAAGCUCAAAACCCGAGAUAGGUACAUAAGCAGCCUAAAAAAGAAAUGCCAGAAAGAAUUGGAGCAAAAUAAAGAGAAACAGAGAAGAAUUGAAACACUUGAAAAAUACCUGGCUGAUUUGCCAACACUGGAUGAUGUUGAGAGUCAAAGUAAAGAGCUACAAGUUCUGGAGGAAAAGAAUAAGCAACUGAAAGCUACUAUGGUUAAGCUAGAAAACGAAUUGGAGGAGUCCAAGACACAGUGUAAAGAAAAAGAAUUGCAGCUUGUGUGCCAGAAGAAAAAAGAAAAAGAGUUGAUAAUUGCAGUGCAAAGCUUGCAACAGAAAGUAGAAAAAUGCCUGGAAGACGGUGUCCGCCUUCCUAUGUUGGACACAAAACAACUUCAGAAUGAAAAUGAAUGCCUCAAAGAAAAAAAUGAGAAGGCUAAUAAGGUCAUAGACAAUCAACAAAAUGAGAUCACUGAGAUGACUUUAGAGAUACAGUCUAUGCAAGAAAAGCUUUUGCAAGGAGAACUAACAAUUCAGAAACAAAAAAAUGAACUUGAAGAAAAGGAAAAGAGUGUACAGCAGUUAAAGGAGGUACUUCUUGAAAACCAAAGAUUUAUGGAAGAAAAUGCAAGUUUGAGAGAACAGAUUCAUCAGAUGGAGCAGUCCAGACAACCAGUGGCUGAAAAGUUACCUGUGGCAAAUCAGUUAUUCAUAGAGAUGUCUCACUGCCUGUUUGACUUGAAAGCACUUUGCAGUAUUCUCACUCACAGAGCUCAUGGCAAGGAACCUGACCUCUCCUUGCUGCUCGGAAUCCAAUCAAUGAAUUGUUCGUCUGAAGAUGAGAAGCACCAUAGCACAGAAACUCUCUCAAAGAAGCUUUCAGAGGUUUGUCAAUUACGGAAAGAUAUUGAUGAACUGAGGACUAUCAUUUCAGACUGCUAUGCUCAGGACAUGGGAGAAACGUGCAUUACACAGUGAUGACGGGCUUGGCCUCAUAGUAACAAUUAAGUUAUUAAAUGCUGCUCUAGUUUUAGUUCCUCAUGUUUCUGUUAAAAACAAUACUGGAAAGCAGAUUCUGUGCCAGAUGGAAAGGUUUCAUACAUUUGUGCAUAGUUCAUGCAGGUAAUAUGGUCUUCUGUUGAAGAGAUCAUUAUGUGCUGCAAGAAAAAUCCAAUUUCUUCAAAACUACUGAACGUAGGUCAAAGCUGUGAAUAAUGUGUUUCUUUUGAAAAUGGUUUUUAUUCCCUCUGUUAUGCCGACAAAGAAAAUACAGGUAGUCCUCAUUUAACAACCAUUUGUUUAGUAAACGUUUGAAGUUACAGUGGUGCUGAACAAAGGGGCUUACAACCGGUCCUCACGCUUACAUCUGUUGCAACACCCCCGCUGUCACGUGAUCACGAUCCAGGCUCUUGGAACCAGCUCGCACUUGCAACGGUUGCAGCGUCCUGGGGCCAUGUGAUUGCCAUUUGCGAGCUUUCCAGCCAGCUUCCAACAAGCAAAAUGGGGAACCACGUGAUUCGCUUAAUGACUGUGUGAUUUACUUAAUGGUCACGGUGAUUCACUUCAAAAAAAAGUCAUAAAAUCGGGCGUGACUCACUGAACAACCACCCCACUUAACAACAAAUUUUUUAAUCCCUAUUGUUGUUAAGUGAGGACUACCUGUACAAUGUUUUCUGGAAUAACAAUGGAAUUGCCAGAAGAGGGCACUAUAACAGUGGUUCAGCAAGCUUUAGGGUAGAAGAUCAGGACUGAGAAUUUUCAUAACAGAUGUAGUUGGAUUUGCUUGGCUAUUUGUGGAUAUUAGAACUGUGGAUGAAGAUAGAGGCACAACAAAGAUUUUUUUGGAUUCAGGCAGCACUGAUGGCUCGGGGCACAUUAGGUAAAGAUUAUAUGCUUCUUAAAGAUUGCCUUCCCAGUUUGGUAAUGAUUGUUUUAUUCUGCAUUUCUUGUGUAAUGCAAAGAGAAAAAAUGAUGAAAAAACAUUCACAUUUCAGAUAAGGGAUUCAAACUUAAAAUUAAUAGUUAAUAGUUGAUGACUAACCUCUUUUGCAUUAAUUGGCUUGAAAAAAAUUGGUUUUGAUAAAAGAUCUUAAAAAAUCAAAAACAGUAUGACAUCUUUAUAACAAUAAAUAUUUACUCUUUAUUUUGAAUUUGGCAAAGUAGUUUCUUCUGAAUGUGAAUAUUUGAAUUCCAGCAUACAGAAAACCUGAUUUCUUCUGGCAAUCUGAAAGAGCAGAUCUUGAUGAAUAAUUAUAAUAUAUUUGCUCUAAAAUUAGGUCACCACUGGCAUAAAAACCUUAUGUGAAAAUAGAGUUCUUGACUAUUCAGGCAAGUUCCUCUUAUUGUGAGAAGAAGAUUGGGAUGAAAUCAGCAGUGCCAACCCUAAUAGAUGCAGUGUUAAAAUGCCUGAAUUAAAGGCAUGCCACUUGGUAAUCCAGGUUUAUAUAUUUUGCUGUUUAAACAUCAUUUUUGUCAAGCCAAGCCUGAUACCACUUUAUUCUGAUAAUCUACUCUAUAAAAAAAUGAAAAAAGAAGAGGCAGAAUAAGAUGCAUUAUGCUCAUAGUUAUAGGUGCCAUAAUGUUCAUAACUUUAGUCUUGCCAAAAGUUGCUGCUUAAAGAGCAAGAACAAAUAUUAAAUGUAUUACCAUUUUCAAUUUCUUACAUUAGUAUUUUUCCUUAAGCAAUUUU